CCGGUGGUGGCGCCCCCGCCCCGGCCGGGUCCCCAGAUUGGGCCCGCCCCACUCGGCCGCUGCAGCCGGCUCCCGGCGGGGACGCGAGCCGAGCGGGCGCGGGCUGCCGGUUCCUCGCCCGGGAUUUAAAGCCCCCAACUUUUGUCCUAGAGACCAGUGACUCGCCCUCCGCAGCGGAGAGGAAAGCCGACCUCCGACUGGGACGUUAGAGGAGCUGGACUUGAACUUGAUGAUCGCGAGGCUGACAAAUGCUGCGUCUGGACGAAAAGUGUCCCGAGGCCGGCUGUUUCAUGUGGAAUGAAAAUACGCGCUCGGCUGGACCGCAUCCUAACGCGGGCCGAGGCCCCUCUGUGCGCCGGAAGGUCGCCGUCCCUUCCGAUCACUAAGCGGAGCUGUUCCCGCUCGCGUGGCGGGAGAAGCCCCAAGUCCUCGGAUGGGCUUUCUUUGUGCUACCAACUGGACACCGCAGGAGCUGCGGGAUGAGGAGGCUGCGUGCCGCGGGGCCCGGCCGUACCUCCUUGCCAUGCCGCUCGCUCGCUCUACGACCGAUCACUCUGUACCCUGCCCACUCUGCACGGGACGAGUCUCCCUGGGGCGGAAAGGGGAAAGAAAGGCGCGAAGGUGAAAGCGCACUCGUUCACACGGGUGGCUCCGGGGCAUCGGGGUGGAAUGCGCCCUCGGGCUGGGGACGUGCGUCUGGAGCAGACACCUGGUCCCCGGCGCCGGCCAGGGCUGCCCCGCGACCGAAGGCGCGGCGGGGAAGAAGGGCGCGUUCCCUUCCGAGCGCCUUUGUUCGCUCCGGCCGCUCGGCGCGGGCUGCCAGAGGCCGAGACCCCGGGCCCUGACGCCGCCUGGGUGCGGCCGGCACUCUCCCGGCCCCGAAGGUCCGGUGCGGGCGGUUUCUCCGCGCCCCGCCAACCCCCGCCCGGGCCAGAUGGCCGCUCCCUCCCCGGGGAGCUCCGGCGAGGCCGGGACCAGCCCGAGCGCGGGAGCCGCCAGCCCGACGCCGCGCCCACCGCCUCGGUUUCCGGCGGGGGUCCCCAGCUUGCCGCCACCCUCCGGCUGCAGCGCGGAAUUGGGACAGAAAGCCUGCGUGGAGUUGGAAAUGGGGAAAUUAGCAGACUGGGGACGAGAUGGGCGAGUUACCGGCUGGGGAAAUGGAAACAGGAGUGGGCAGACAGGGUAACUGGGGAACAAACAUCUCCUCCUCCUACUGUUUCUUUUGACAUUGCCACGUUUUAGUUUGCGCCCUGAUGUGACAGUCUUUUGCUUGCUCAGAUACAGUAUAGGUAAAAGUAGCAAGCUUUGAUUCACCGUUGGCUACACUGUAUUCUUUCCUAGUGUUGGUUUUCAUAGGUUAUGCAUCAUGUUAAAAGGACACCAAUGUUGUCACCGCAGAGUGACUGGUGGGGGCGUGUAGCUUAUAUUUAGGAUAACUCUCUAAUGAAUAUGUAUCCAUCAGAAUUGGAUUUGUUCCUCUGCGCCUUUAUUUUGGGAAGCCUUGCUGGUCCCUAUGGGGGAAGGGAGAAGGCCUUGAGAAGCUGAAAUUGACCCAGAAAAGGAUGAUUGAAGGUAGACUAUGAAGUCCUGUCGCAGAAAAGAUCCCACCCUGAACUCUGAAAGUAUGAUUAGUGAUUAGCUGCUGAGGUUUUAAUUUUCUCUAAAGAAAUUUAUGGUAGAUUUUGUUACUUGUCACAGGAGAGAGGUGAGACCUGCUUUGGGGGACCAAGUCUUUGCCUUUCAAGCAGGAUAAAUUUAAUACCUGAAGGGUUUCCAUUAAAUACCUAAACUGCUCCCUCUCCCUUCCUUCAUCUCUCUCUCUCCAAAGAUGAGACUGACUGAGCUUGAGCCAUCAGCCUUUUAAGGGCCCACUAUGACACAUUAAGAUUAGGAUUAGUGACAGGGAUUUAUAACCGGGAAAGUUCUCCAACUCAAAGCUCUUCCUGAGGAAGUGACAGAUGAAAGACAAGUAGGUGGUGUAGAUGCUUAUAAUGGCUUUGCCCACAAAGAAGAUGGGAAUAAAUUUUCAAAAUAAAGUUUAGGCUCUAUUGAGUAAGAAAAAAAAGCUACAUUGUAGUUCAUUAAAGUGAAAAAAAAUCAAACUUCCUUUUUUAUUAAAGUCAUCCAGACAGUGAGAUUUGUAGUAAAAGGAAAUAGCUUUAUAAUUCUCAAAUAUAGAACAGCUUGAAUAAUAACUCAGGGGUUUCAAAAUGGGUCAUCUUUUAAAAUGGGUCACUUUGGCUAGAAUCAUUGCACUUGAUGACUUUCAAACUGUAAAGUGUUGAGUUCUUUCUGAGGCCCAGUUGCAUUGCAUUUCAGAACACACAUUACCAGAGAAAGAAACUAGGAGAAAGUCAGAAGGCAGUGGUCUCUUCUGAAAGUAAGGAAGUAUACAUUAUGUUUGGGGGACUUUUAGGUAUGCUUUGUGGAACAGAUCUAAGCAAAUUCUUAAAAGAGCUCUGCCAUUUGACAUCAGACCUUUGCCAGCAAAGAUGUAGCCAGAUGAGUGUAAACCUAGAACUAAAUACUUCCUUCUGUUACAUACUAAUUUUACAUAUGGGGAUAUAAGAAUUUUCAUAUUUAAAGAUAAGAAAUUUGAUCAAGUAAGAUGUGAACUUUGAGUAAGUAAAAGUGACUUUACAUUUUGAUGCCACAAAUGCAGAAGCUGACUUUGAUUGGUCUCUUAUUAAAACUUAUCUUCCAUAGUGAAUUCUUUAACCCUAGAAGCCAGUUUACUAAGAAGAGAAUGUUCUACAAGUCUGCAGGCAACAAACCCCCCAAAAGGUCAAGUUCAAAAUUUUGUUACAUAAUCUAAGUCCACCGAAUAUUUCAUAUUUUCUCUCUUUUCCCACAACUCUUUCUAUAACUGAUAGUGCUCUAAGCAAAAUACGCUAAAAGUUGACUCAGUGCAGGCUUUGUUCUUCAUAAUUAAGGCCUCACCUCAGGUUUAUGAUUUCUAAAGGAAGGAAAUCAGCACACAUGUAAUGUCUGAUGUGGACUCCCUUUGUCAGUACAUUAGCUCAAGUAGAAAACACUGGUACCUGGCCUAGAAGCAAGUCAGGUGCAUGUAAGCAGUGAAAUGGAAGAGGCAGAAUAGAAGUCUACUUCUUCUUUUCAUUCCAAAACUCUCUGCUUUCUACUCUCCUGCCUUCAUCAGGUGCAGAGUCUAGGGUGCAGCAGAACAUCUGUUGAUCCUUUGGUAGAGGACCUACACCUGCAACAUCUCAGAAGCCUUCUCAGCAUCCUACUUUGGCCUCCCACACAGCACGUGAUAAGAUAGUAUUUGCUGAAUUAAUUAAGUGGAGACUUACUUUCAGGGCUGCCCAGCAUAAUGCCUGGAACAGGGCAGGUAUUUCAUAAACGGCAGCUACUCUAUUGUCAUACAUGCUCAGUGAAGGCAAACAUAUAUACUUUUGGGUUUUUUGAGAUAAGUUCUCAGUAUGUAGCCUAGACUACGUAUUCAGCCCUGAAUGCGGAGGUUAUAGCUGUGUACCAACUUGUCUGGUACAAAAUGGAUUUUUUCCCCAGUACUGGGGAUUGAACCUAGGGUUUUUUGCAUGCUAGACAAGUGCUCUCCCACUUGAGCCACAUCCCCAGCCCUUAGGGCUGUCUUUUACUUUUCGUUCUCUGUGUGGUACACUCAGUCAAAUAUUGUUUCCAGGUACAAUGUCCAUAAUGAGACAGACAAAAUACCAUUGAACAACAGGCCUAAACCACAUUACCACCACUGUAUUUCUGAAUAACCACUUUUUUUUAACCAUAAUUUGACCUGAGCUCUCCUUUCUAAUCUCCUUUUGCCAUCUUUUCCUUGUACCCUAAACCUUAAUCAUAGCCUUUUCUCUUGUUUGCUUUCAAGAAUGCCUAUCGUCUUGUCUCUCUUGGAAUGUCUUUCUCCACAGUCCCUUCACCCCACCCUUGACACCAGCUUAAGUGCUUCCUGUUACUCGCUUUCCUUCUGAACUCCCUUCUCCUUUUCUCCCCAAACUCAGUUUGAAUUCCAGCCAUUACUAGGUCCUGCUCAUUUGGCACCUCUUCCACAAAACCAUCCCCAAUUCUAUUCUCCCCAUCCCUCAUCUCAGAGGACAGCCCUUCCCUCACAGUGCUCCUGGUUGAGGAAUUAAAUUUCUGAUAACAGAUUCAUCCAUGAAUUUUCCAUGGUCUCCCCCUCUCCCAGCUGAAUACAACAUUUCAAAUAUACCUUAGUCCAUUUCUCUGGAUCCUAAGAAAUCUCAAGAAUGUUUGAAAAAUCACAGUUUGAAUGAAUGUUGUCUUCUAGUGGCCCAGAUAAAGCAGUCACUUGUGUGAGAAGAGUCCUAGUGGGGUGGCAGAGGCAGGGCAAUAUUUAGCAUGUUUUAUAUAACAUGAAAAGGGUGGAAAAUCACCCUUGACAUAUCUUACUGAUAUGUCAACUUGUGUUUUUGAUUCCUGCCUGGCAGGACUAAAUCUUACACUGGAUAACUGUUUAUAUCUGUGUAUCAUGUUCACUUUUUGCCUGUCAUUUUAUGAACCAUCUUCAAAUAUAUCUUUAAGUUUUUCCUGUCCUUAGUCAUGAUAAAAAUUUUGAUACAGCUUUUUAAUAAAAGAAUAAGAGCUUUCCAGGGCUGGGAUGUGAUUCCCAGUGGGUCUGAUGCCUCAGCUUUGAAUUUACCCAAUACUUGUCCAUCAAAUACUUGCUUUACACAUCCUCCUUGAAUUUCUUUUCCUUUACUGCCUUCCCUCUUCUUCUUUCCUCCUCCCUACCUCUUCCUCCAACCUCCUUCUGCCACUUUGGAUCACUGUCCUUAGAUGCCCUAGACUCCUUUGAAGAAAAGACUGUGUACAAAGGACAUAGACUCAUGAGGUCACAUGAGUCUAGACCUAUUAGGACAAAAAAAAAAAAAAAAAAAGAGAAAAUUGAGUCCAUGGAGGGUUAGAAAAGGUUACGUUAGGAAAGAAAAUGAGAACAAACAUUGACAAAAUGCAAGACAUAGGAAAUCAUAAAUGUCUCCAAGUUCAGACGGCAGAACAUUUUUUGCCUUCAUGGUUGCUGCUCUCUGCCCUGCCCCACUUUCCUUCCUUUUCUCUCAUCCUCACGGAAACUGUGGGAAAGAGUCACUGAAGGAGAAAGAGCAGUGCACAGCUGGGGAGUGGUGGGAACUGAUCAGCUGCUCAUAAAUUCCAGAGGGCCUGGAAUUUAUGGAGGUUCAGUGGUUAGCCUGGCAUCUGCCUGCCUCAGUUUCUUCUGCAAAAAUGGGGAGAUCAUUUAUCUCCUAGGUUGUUGCUAAGCUUAAAGAGUUUCUGUGUAUGUAAAGUACUAGGAACAAAGCCUGGAGUGCAGGAAACACACCCAUAUUAGAAACUGUUGCUAGAGUGGGUAAAGAAGUGUUUCUUAAGUAGACUAGGAAAAACUGAGAAUACAAAAUACAAAGACCCACUUUGUAUUUUCAUCUUUUCUAUUUCAAACUGGUUACUGGGAAGUUUUAGUGACGUAAUAUCACUGCUACAAUAGAACGUACUCUAUAACCCCAUACCAUCAGGCUCUUUAGCAAAGACUUAGGGUUUGCCUUCACCUAUUUCUUUCUCCUUCUUUCCUUCCUUCCUUCCUUCCUCUAUCUCUCCCUUUUUGUUGCUGGUACUGGGAUUAGAAUUCAGGGCUUCAUGCUUUCUAGGCAGGCACUCUACCACUUGAACACUCCACCAGCCCUUCACCUAUUUAUUAAUUUGAUAUUUCUGUCUUUAUUUCUUUUGUAAGCAACAAAUAUAAAUCUGCACCCAUGCUUAUUUUAUAAAGAAACAUAUACCUUAAUUUACAUAAGUGGAGAUCUUACAGUUAGAUGGUAGGUUUUGUAACUCAGAUUUCCCCUCUGUGCCUUGUAUCCAUGCCAGCUGAAUUGGAAUUUAAAGUCUUAGGACUAACUUUCUAUCAAGAAUUAACUCUAUUCUUGGUGGAAGGUCAAUAAUUCCAAAUGGCUUCUAAAUUUUUCCCAUGGACUAAGCCUAAGUUUUGUGGCUAAAGGCAUAGCUACAAAAACACUGAAGACUGCUACUGGGUAAAAUGUUUCCAUUUUAAUAGAACUUAUAUUAGAAACAUUCAACUUGAAUUUAAAGAAUACUAUGAAAGGCUAUCUAAUAUUUAUACUUAAAAUGUGAGUUGCAGAUUCAAAUUUCAGGCUUCUCCCUUCUUUCUUGAGCAAAUAGAAUAGGCAAUUAAUACCAAUUGGUAAUGGGUUGUGUUAUAGAAAUUUUUAUCUUUCUUUGAGUUAUCCCUGAACAGCAACCAAAAAAAUGUCUCUUGCAUGGGACUUUAAGCAAUCAAAGUACAAAUGGAAAUGGUAUAAAGUAUUAGGACUUAAAAAAAUCUUGACUUACCAGAGGAGUUUUAUUAGUUUAUAGUCAUCCUUUAUAAACAUGUCACUUUUGAAAACAAUCAUUAAUAUUUGGAUGAGUCCUGGGGAUAUUCUGAACAUUAAAUUGAUUUGAAAAGUAAAGACAUUAGUUCAGUCCAAUUUUCUGUGAUUUUUAUCAAUUCAGUUUCUAUUUUCUACCAUUCAGGGGAGGUUUCACUACAAUAUUUAAUUUCUCUGACAAAUAAUAGACUAGAACUAGGAUGGAAUAGCCAAAUUACUUAGUUUUGUUCUUUUAACCCAUUAGUAUUUCCUUCAAAAAUAUUGCCUACUUAAAUAGAAUUUCAGCAUUUAUUUUUGUUUUGACAACAAUUACAAUAAGAGAGGAUCAUUUUAUAGUAGAGCUUUGAUUCCAUCUAGGUCUAUGUUUUGCAAAUUUGCAGGAUGUCCUUAAUGGUUUAUGCAACUACUUUAGGCAGUUUAGAUAUCAAACAUUUUUUUAAAAGAGUAAAAGUGUGCUUUGCAUAUAAUAAAGACAAUUACUUCUUUUUGGUACUUUAUCUCUGAUGUAUAUAUGAAUGCAGACAUGCCGAUGGAAGUCAGCAUUACUCAGCUCACUGGGUUCCAAUCAGCAGGACAGCAAUCAGAGUGAGUCCUGCAGACAGGGAUAAGUAAACAUAGAAGGGCAUCCUGUCACUAUUUAUAGUUUUGAUAUUUUAUUCAUUGUGAUUUCUUUUUUUUUGGUGCUGGGGAUCAAAUCCAGGGCCUGUACAUGCUAGGUAAGUGCUCUACCACUGAGCUACAUCCCCAGCCUUAAAACAUUUUUUAAAAAUAUUACAUUGACUACAGCAUUUCAGUGUCCCUUUAAAUUCUGUGCCCCAAAUAAGUGUCUCCCUUUCUUCUCCCAGUCCAGGCCCUGAACAGUGUGGUUUGCCAAUGGAGUAUGUGAGUGAUCUGGUGACUGUGAAGAGGCAGCAUGAGGGGAUGAGUAGGACCACUCAUCCUGCAUCCACUGGAGCCUGGCCCUGCUGCAACCUUCACUCAUCUUGCUAACUUCGGGACUCUUCUGUUGUGCCUGGAGCUGGUAUUGCCCAAAAUACAGUUGACACGGCAUUUGCACCUUAUCAUUGUUGUCUGUGGAAACUAUUUUUACAUGAGAAGGAUGACUGUUAUCUCAAACAGACUGUAAAUGCUUUGAGAUUGAAAACUACAAAAUACCACUUCAUAUUCAUCCAUUAUGCCUGGCUCACACAGUGGCAGCUCGUGUCCACAGAAAGAACUACACAGAGUAGCUGCUUGAGGCCACACACCAAACUCAAUGAAGAAUGCCAGGGUGGAAGAAUUUUGAUGUGCCAACGUUCUUGUUCUACAUUGUGUUCCAUUCUUUUGCAAUCCCAGAGAAAACGGUAUUAAAAGAAAAGAUUGUGUGAAAUAAGAAGAUCCCUUUUCAUCUUUAAUGACUAAUGAAUUAAGAUAAAUAUCUCUUCUGCAAAAUACAAAACUCUAUGAUCUUGAAAAAGCGAGUGCCCAUUUAAAACUGAUCCUAAAUAAAAACAUACCCAAAUGCACAUGAGAAUGCUGGUUAGUGGCAGAAGAGUUAAAAGAUGGCAGUUUUUUCAAUUUUUAGCUACUUGUUUCAUAGUAAGCUUCAUGGUGUUUUGGGGACCGACUGCUAAUCCCAUUGUAAGCCAUAUGAAGUCCUUCUCUUACAGAUACCUCAUAAAUAGCUAUGACUUUGUGAAUGAUACGCUUUCUCUUAAGCGCAACACAGAGGGUGCUCACUACCCAUACUUGAUUAACCACAAGGAGAAGUGUCAAGAUCAACAUGUCCUCCUUUUACUGUUUAUAAAGACUGCUCCUGAGAACUAUGAGCGACGUUCUGCCAUUAGAAGCACGUGGGGCAAUGAGAAGUAUGUUCAGUCUCAACUUAACGCCAACAUCAAAACUCUGUUUGCCUUAGGUACUCCUCAUCCACUCAAGGGAAAAGAACUGCAGAAGAAACUGGUUCGGGAAGAUCAGGAGUACAAUGAUAUAAUUCAGCAAGACUUUGUUGAUUCUUUCUAUAACCUUACUCUUAAAUUACUUCUGCAGUUCAACUGGUCAAAUACCUUUUGUCCACAUGCCAAAUUCCUGAUGACUGCUGACGACGACAUUUUCAUUCACAUGCCAAAUCUUAUUGAAUACCUUCAAGGCUUAGAACAAAUGGGUGUUCGAGACUUUUGGAUUGGUCGUGUCCAUCGUGGUGCCCCUCCCAUUAGGGAUAAAAGCAGCAAGUACUAUGUGUCCUAUGAAAUGUACCAGUGGCCAGCUUACCCUGACUAUACCGCUGGUGCUGCCUAUGUCAUCUCCAGUGACGUAGCUGCCAAAGUCCAUGAGGCAUCACAGACACUGAAUUCUAGUCUUUAUAUAGAUGAUGUGUUCAUGGGCCUCUGUGCCAAUAAAAUGGGGAUAGUACCACAGUACCAUGUGUUUUUUUCAGGGGAGGGUAAAGCUCCUUACCAUCCCUGCAUCUAUGAAAAAAUGAUGACAUCUCAUGGACAUAUACAAGAUCUUCAGGACCUUUGGAAGGAUGCUACAGAUCCUAAUGUAAAAAGUAUUUCAAAGGGGUUUUUUGGCCAAAUAUACUGCAGGUUCAUUAAGAUACUUCUCCUUUGCAGAUUGACCUAUAAGGACACAUAUCCUUGCAAGGCUGCAUUUGUCUGAUAGUACUUGAACGUCGAGAUGUUUUCACUGUCACUGAGCCAAAUCUGCAUGAAAAACCUUUAAAUGUCUGUCCAUACCCUAAGUAAAAUGAAUGUGAAACACAGAGAGGUUCUGAAAGCCCAACCUAUCAAAAAUAUUUCUUUGAUUAUGGACACUUUUCAAUGUAACAUCGGAUUCAUGGCCUAAGUUCAUUUCGAGGAAUUCUUAUUUUUAAAAGGUUUAUAUUAUGAGUGAAAACAAAACUAAUGCAAAAUUCAAGCUCUCAUUUGGUGCCACAUAUGUAUUUGAGAUGUGUGCAGAAAUUAUUGAGAAACCUUAGUGUUCAGAUAACAGCUUUCGGGAAAUACCAACUGAAUGUAUAGUACAGCAUGUCGAAAAAAUUAAUUUUCCUUUAGUACAGGUAUUCAGCUUGUUUUUGCUAAAGAGCACUCAGUGGAGGUAGUGGGUGAGAGAAGCAUUGACAGAGAACAACCUACAGAAUCCGUAAAAAUCUCUUGUUCUUAAGAGGGCAUGCAGGACACUGUCUGCACUUCAAUUACAAACAGACGAAUCACUAAUGGUCACAGUAAUGUGGCUAUUUACCUGGAUAGUUUUGGCAUCGUUUACAAUAUAUCUGAAUUUUUUUCUCAAAGUUGAAUGUGAAAUUUGAAGAAAAAAAAAAAAGAGUCAUUAACUCUGUCCUAACUGGUACUGUAUGUGUCUUUCUCCAUAAUCUUAGAAAAUGACACAAAACACAGGCAGUUCGUUGCCCACAGGGCCCUUCUUUAGAGAGAAGUUAUUGUUAAUUUGAUGAGUUUUUAAUUGGUUUUAGAUAUGAAAUACUGGUCCUUAUUUAAGAUAGUUGUCUGAGUAUUGUUUGCACAAUAUGAUGGAAUAUGAUGAUGGAGGAAAGGAAAGAUGGGGCUGGGGCAAAGCCCAGAGCGAUAGAGUGCUUGCCUAGCAAGACCUAGGGUUUGAUUCCUUGUACCACACACAAAAAAGAACAUUUAAAGCCUCUUUUCUCUAUAAUUUGUACAAUCUUAGUAUUUAAAUCAUUGUACUCAUUACUAAAAUUAGGCCACCCCUUCCCAACGUCAUAAACCACAGUUUUGUCCAAGCUCAGAGUUUUAAAUUUAGAGUAUUAAAUCAAAGCUGUAGUAUCUAAAACAAUCUAUUCUUUGCUCAAGUCACUAUCUAAUUUUUAUCUUUUAAACAUGUCAAACUUGAAAGCAAAGUAAAAGUAAAAGUAAAAAUUGCCAGAGUGAGAUUGAAAGCAUUUGUAAAGCUGCGUAUCUUCAGUAAUGGAAGAGUUGUGCCUGCGAUCUAAUAAAAAAGUUACACUUACUUUACAAAUCAAAAUGUGGCCGUGAUGCAAACCACAACCUCUCACUUAUUGCUAGGGACAUUACAUAGUCUCCAAAGGCCAAAAUAGUGACUUCAGCAAAAAUAGUUGAACUGAUUAUAAAACCUUUGGCUCCACAGGCACCUGUUAGAGAAAACUCAGAUGUCUCAUUUAUUAAGAUGAUGUCCAAAACAUACAAAACUAAGAAGGAUUUCUCAGUAUAUACAACUGGAUGAUGAUAUCUGUAAUUUUUAGCAGGUAGUUUUUUUAAUGUUUACAGAAAUCUUUUAUUAAUUUUUGUCUAUUUUGAAAUUUGAAGCUUGUUUACAUUGCUUAGGUAAUUUAGUAUUUUUAACUAAUGUCAAGACUACAGUUUCAAACAUUUUAAGUAACAUUUAGUCACUUUUAGAGUAGAUUCAGGGUUUUAGAUCAAUGCAGUUUAAAAUUUCUGACCAAUUUUUAAAACUAUAGAGAACAAAGGACAUUUUGACAAAGCAGGUUUAUAAUUAAUCUUUAUUGGUUGAUUCUUUAAUAACUGUUUGCCUUUGGGCUAUCUAUACCCUGUGUAUCUACACUUUGAGACUGUUAAAAUCUGCCAUUGUUUGAAAACAUCAGUUAACUCUCUGGCCAUUGAAAUGAUCUUGUUUACAGCAAUAUUUUUGUGAAAGGUAUUUAUUUGUUGAUAGAGCUCUCUGGAACUGUGUUCAUCUUUUUUAUUCGUGCUUAGAAUAGAAUGGAACAGGUUUGAAUUUAAAGGAAAUAUGAAGGCACUUCCUGUUUUUAUAAGAAGGAAACUGCUAGAUGAUUCCUUCAGAAUUAAAGUACUGAGAAGAAUAUUUGUAAAUAGAAGUGUUCUAACCUUUUAAAAAAGGAAGGAAAAACCAUUUGGUGCUCCAAUGUAGGGCUAUCUUUAAAAAAAAAAUGUCAACAAAGGGAAAAUAAACUAUUGGCCUGGAUGGUUGCUUGAGUGAAAGAUGGCUGUACAUACUGUUGUUGUCAAAAACCUUUUACCUCCUCUUGGUUAAUUAAUUUUAUACCAAUAUGUUAAAUAUUUAUAUUAUUUGAGUUUUGCCCUUGUAUGGAAAACAAUUAGUGGGUUUUUAAACAUCUAUGAUUUCCAAUAAACAACUUAAAAAUUGUCAACAAAUUGUAUUUAAACUCCUGUGUGGACACCAUGUUUUACAUAUCAACUCCCAUUUGAUGUUAGCAGAUGUGGGCUACACAGUCCUAUUCCUGUUAUAUUGCUGUGCCCAGGACAGAGGGCUGUCAUGUCCUCUGCAUUAUGGAGCCACCUAAGAUGCCUGUUUAUUAAAUGACUUUUGAAAUGAGUAGGUGAGGGGAUAUUCUUUCCUAACAAUUUGUUCAGGAAGAAAUGAAAUAAGAGCCUGCAGCCACAGUGUCUUAGACACCAUUUGACAAAGUUAUGUUUUCCUUUUAUUUGGUUUGUUAAUUAGCGGUUUGAAGUUCACCCUCGUCUCUUAUGGUCAGUAAUGCCUGUAUGUCUGAUUUGGUAUAUUUGCACAUACUACGCACUUACCUAUUUUCUCUUGAUUUCCUGGGCAAAUCUUGGAAUAGUAUGUAGAGUGUCUAUAUUUUUUAUACAACUUGGAAGCAUC